GGGCUGGCGGGCUUCGGCUCUCCGAACAGUUCCUCGGGCGCUGGGCUCCGGCAUCGGGGCACCCCCGGGGGCGCCGCGCCCCCCCCUCCCGCCCCUCCUCCCAGGUUAUCUUAUGAUGAAGCUUUUACUAUGGCUAAUGACCCCUUGGAAGGCUUCCAUGAAGUAAACCUUGCUUCACCUACUUCUCCGGACCUUCUGGGCGUGUAUGAAGCAGGAGCUCUAGAACAGACUACCUCACCAGGUGUCAUCUACCGGCCUCUCCCGUCAUCUUUAUGCUCUGCCCCUAUCCAGGCUAAUGCCUUAGAUGUCUCCGACCUUCCUACACAGCCUGUAUAUUCGUCCCCCAGACGUUUAAAUUGUACGGAAAUAUCUGGUAUCAGCAUCCAUGUUACAGACCCAGCACCUUGUUCUACCUCUGGAGUAACAGCGGGGUUCACUACAUUACCUACAAGAAAGGACAACUGUAGUGCAGAGAGGGAGUUUUUGCAGGGUGCUACUAUAACAGAAGCUUGUGAUAGCAGUGAUGAUAUAUUCGGGUUGAGUACCGAUAGUCUGUCCCGUUUACGAAGCCCAUCUGUUUUGGAAGUCAGAGAAAAGGGCUAUGAAAGAUUGAAAGAAGAACUUGCAAAAGCUCAGAGGGAACUGAAGUUAAAAGAUGAAGAGUGUGAGAGGCUUUCUAAAGUACGUGAUCAACUUGGACAGGAAUUGGAGGAACUCACAGCUAGUCUGUUUGAGGAAGCUCAUAAGAUGGUGAGAGAAGCAAAUGUCAAGCAGGCAACAGCAGAAAAACAACUAAAAGAAGCACAAGGAAAAAUUGAUGUACUUCAAGCUGAAGUAGCUGCAUUGAAGACACUUGUAUUGUCCAGUUCUCCAACAUCACCAACACAGGAGCCUCUGCCAGGUGGAAAGACACCUUUUAAAAGGGGACAUGCAAGAAAUAAAAGUACAAGCAGUGCUAUGAGUGGCAGCCAUCAGGACCUCAAUGUGAUACAGCCAUUUGUAAAAGACUGCAAAGAGGGAUUCUUCAAUUCCAUUCUCUACCUGGCUGACCUUGGAGUACCUCCUGAAAACUUGGCUGACUUGUCUCUGUAUAAUGAAUUCAGAUCUUGGAAGGAUGAGCCCACAAUGGACAGAAAGUGUCCUUUUUUAGACAAAAUCUAUCAGGAAGAUAUCUUUCCAUGUUUAACAUUCUCCAAAAGUGAGUUGGCUUCAGCUGUUUUGGAGGCUGUGGAAAACAAUACUCUAAGCAUUGAACCGGUGGGAUUACAACCUAUUCGAUUUGUGAAAGCUUCUGCAGUCGAAUGUGGAGGACCAAAAAAAUGUGCUCUCACUGGCCAGAGUAAAUCUUGUAAACACAGAAUUAAACUAGGAGAUUCAAGCAACUAUUAUUAUAUUUCUCCUUUUUGUAGAUACAGGAUCACAUCUGUGUGUAACUUUUUUACAUACAUUCGAUAUAUUCAGCAGGGACUUGUGAAACAGCAGGAUGCUCUGACACAGCACGUGGGGCCAGUUGAGUGGAUUGAAUUAUAAUUUUCAAACUUCCAGCAAUCUGUGGGAAGCAAAGAAGAGGGCUGAGUAGACAGGAUUAGCUUCUGUCUCCACUAAGAUGACUCUGUUUUUACAUAUUAGGAUUCAAAAAAAUAUUUUAUUUAAAGAGACUUCUGUUUGAAAGUCACUGUUUUAUUCAUUCUGUACUUUGUAAUUUAAAGUAUUCCUUUAUUGUGGUAAUUAACACGCUAAGUGCCCAGCCUGUUUUGUCUUCCAGACUGAAAGUAUAGUAUUAGUCACCAGUGAUUAACAUGGUGCUUAACGUAUUAAUCUUAUAUAAUAAAAGCCUAGUAUACUAAGUG